GGAAAAUGACGGUGGCGCUCUGGGGGAGAGAGAGAGAAGGAGGGAGUCGUGGAACGACGUCUGUUUGCUUUUGGUUGAGACCAAGGGGACCAUAAGGCGGGUGUUUUUGCCGCAGCCUUCUUUCCCUCUUCUUCCUCGCGCGAAGGAGAAGACGUCUGGCUGCUGCCCGCAAGGAGAAGCGCUGGCUGCAUUUGCCUACCGUUGCUGCUAACCGCUGGCUGCAUUUUCCUGCUCACCCUCCCUGCAUUUUACUACAAUUGCUGCUCACAGCUGAGGAGAAGCACACGCCUGCUUACUCGUGCGAAGUUGAUUGUUCAAGUUUGAGAAAAAAAAUGCCACGAACAGAUCCAGCUUGGAAACAUUGUGUUGAAGAAGAUCCUGAUGAUAAAGAGAAAAGAGGAAAUUUGAGAUGCAAUUAUUGCAAAGAUAUCUUCAGAGGUGGUGUAGCAAGAAUGAAGGAACAUCUGGCUGGAACUCGUAAAGGUGCUAGACCAUGUAAUGAUGCACCACAAGAAGUAGUGCAAUUUUUCGUGAAAUAUCUGCAGUCAAAGAAAAGUGGAAAAGAACAAAAAAAAGCCAAUCUUGAAUUUGCUAAAAAUGAAGGUCUUAGCAAAGGACUAGCAGGUGCUAAUUUUACUUUUCCUUCUACUAGUGAAGUUGGAAGUUCAAAAACUAGAGGGCCUAUGGAUCAACUUGUAAAUUCAGAAGCUCGACAAGCAACAACUGAUAGUGCCUUAAAAGAAGAAGAAAGAAAAAAAGUUUGUUUUGCCAUAGGAAGAUUCCUUUUUGCACACGGCUUGCCGUUAAGCUUGUGUAAUAGUUUGUAUUUUGAGUAUAUGUGUGAAGCGAUUGCAAAUUAUGGUUCAGGAUUUGAGCAGCCAAGUUAUCAUGAGAUGCGAACAUGGAUUCUAAAGGAAGAAAUUGAUAGAACCCAAAUCAUGUUAGAGGACAAGAAGAAAACAUGGUCGAAGACCGGUUGUUCCAUAAUGGUAGAUGGUUGGACUGAUGACAAGAGCAAAAACUUGACUAACUUUCUUGUGGACAAUCCUUCAGGUACAUUUUUUUUAAAGUCUUGUGCUAUUAGUGGGGAAAAGAGGACAACUGAUGAUUUGGUAAAAUUAUUCAUGGAAGUAAUUAAGGAAGUUGGGGAGCAUAAUGUAGUUCAAGUGAUUACAGAUAAUGAUGUCAGUUACAAAGCUGCAUGUUUAAAGUUAAAAGAUAUUGAAGGUUUUCAACAUAUUUUUUGGACACCUUGUGCUGCACGUUGUUUAGAUUUGAUGCUUGAAGAUAUUAGCCAGACACGUUUGCAUAAGCAAGUGUUAAAGAAAGCAAAAGCUAUAACUACAUUUAUUUAUGGAUAUGCAUGGACUUUAAAUUUGAUGAGAAAAUACACAGACGGUAAAGAGCUUUUACGGCCUGCUGUUACUCGCUUUGCAAGUUCUUAUCUUACUCUGCAAAGAAUUGGCAUGAAUGAAAGAGCGUUAAGGAAUAUGUUUCUAUCUCGAGAGUUUCAAGAUAGCGACUAUUAUGUUAAAAAUCGAAAAGGUAAAAGGGUAACACGUAUUGUUACUGAAGACAGAUGGUUCUGGAAAGCAAUUGCUCAUAUCAUGAAAAUUACAUUACCUAUAGUGAAGGUUUUGAGAAUAGUUGAUUCAGAUGACAAACCAGUUAUGGGUUUUUUAUACGAUCACAUGAGAAAGGCAAAAGAAGAAAUAGCUUCCAAUGUAAACAAUGAAAGCAAAGCCUAUACUCAAAUUUGGGAAAUCAUUGAUAAUCGAUGGGAUAGUCAAAUGCAUCAUUGUCUACAUGCUGCAGGGUACUUUUUAAACCCCCAUUUUCAUUAUGAAGAUGAUUCUAUAAAGGAUAGAAAAUUGAAGGUUGGGUUUUUAGAAUGCUUAGAAAAAAUGGUGCCUAAUAUGGAAGAACGAUGCAAUAUUAUGGUUCAACUUGAUGCAUAUGAAAAUGCAGUUGGCUUGUUUGGUAGACCUAUAGCAAUUGGAACAAGAAAAAGAUUGCAUCCCGCUUAUUGGUGGAAUACAUUUGGUGACGAAACAAAAGAAUUGAAGAAUUUUGCAAUGCGAAUUCUCAAUCUUACUUGUAGUGCAUCAGGAUGUGAACGUAAUUGGAGCACAUUUUCUAUGGUACACACAAAAAAGAGAAAUCGCCUUGAGCAGGAAAGGCUUAAUGCUUUGGUGUUUGUAAUGUACAACUUGAAGUUGAAGGAAAGAGAUACAAGAAGGAAAAGUAUGGGUGACCCUUUGUGCCUUGACAAUAUUGAUUCAGAUGAUGAAUGGAUUGUAGAAAAAGAAGAUCCUGUUUUCCCACCUUCUUCAUUAGAAGAUUCUUGGUUGGAUUUAACUUUCAAUGUAGAUGAUAUAAAUAUUGCUCCUUUUGGAGUUUCACCAAGGUCCACACAAAAGCGUAAAAGGGAUUCAUCUUCUAAAAAGAUGCAAGUUGACAAAGGUAAAAGAAAACAAGGAGAUUCAGAAAAUGAGAAUGUUGAUGAUGAAAAAAUUGGAGAGGAAGAUGAAUCUAUCAAGUAUAUGGAUGAUUCAAAUGAAGAUGAAUUGUCCACUUCUGAUGAACACAACAUUGAUGAGCACAUAAUUUGAACCAUUGCCUUGUGGAGAUAUUUAAACUUUGUUAAAAACUUACUGUUAUCUGCAUUGAAGAAUUGAUUUCUUGUAAAUUUUGUAAUAUGCAGUGUUAUUUUUACUUUCACUUUUCUCUACUCAUUCUCAAAUUGAAUAGAAUUGUGUUUUUAUUUCUGAUGUGUUGCAUAUGUUUUUUUUAAAUUAUCUAAUUA